GCCUGCACUUCCGGUGGUGGUGCCGGUGCUGCCCCAGUGCUCCGGGCCGGGCCAGGCCUGCCGCCGGCGCAGUAUGCCGGUGUGGCCCGCCCCGCACAGCCCAUCUGAGCUCUCCUCUCCAUGCGGCUGGCCCGUAGCUCCGGCGCUGCCUCCCCCGCGCCGCUGCGCCCCGGCUGGGAUGUGACCACAGCUCGCUGCCUGUCCCGUCGCGCGUCCUCAGUGCUGCCCGCAAUGGAGGCUCCAUACGAUGGCACUGAAGUAACUGUGGUAAUGGAGGAAAUAGAGGGCACUUACACUUAUGCAUCAUCACCAGUGCCAUCUAAGAAGAAAAAGAAGUACAAAAGCACUGGUGAUCAUGGAGAAAAAGCCAAAAAGCCUAGAUCUGCUUACCUCCUCUACUAUUAUGAUAUUUACUUGAAAGUACAGCAAGAGCUUCCCCACCUCCCUCAAUCUGAAAUCAACAAAAAGAUCAGUGAGAGCUGGAGGUUGCUCAGUGUGGCUGAAAAAAGCUAUUACUUGGAGAAAGCCAAGUUAGAGAAAGAGGGAUUGGACCCGAAUUCCAAAGUGUCCACUCUAACUGCAGUAGUUCCAGACAUUCCAGGUUUCCGUAAGAUUCUUCCUCGCUCAGACUAUAUCAUUAUUCCCAAAACCACUCUUCAUGAAGAGAGGAGCAGGCAAUCUCUGGAACUGUGUGUCACACAGGGUCAGGCAGCGUCUGAAGGCUUAAGAGCUUCCACGAACAUCACCAGUGUCCCCCGUGAUGCUGUGCAGAACGUCCUUUCUGUGGACUCAAGCCACGUGGGCAUUUCUCAGCAGUGUCUCGCCAUUGAAGGGCUGGCAGAAGACACUGCUUCCUUCACCCAGCCAGAUGCUCUGGAGGAAGCAGUUGCAUCGGAGGUUCUCUCUCAUUAUGUUGGGCCUGUGACAGAGAAAGUGGUUGGAGAUAUCCUCUUGGAUGAGGCUUCUUUGGAAAUAGAAGGGCAACCAUAUCAGACAGCUCGGGUAGUUAUUGAGGAGACUCUAGUUAACAACCCCACAGACAUGUCCAAUGGGAACAUUGCUGUGGCCCGUCCUCAGGUGUCAGAUGGUGUGUCUGUGGUGACCGUGGUGACUGGGAGGGAUACUGAAGAGAGCAGCUCCUCCACACCAGCUACACAGUUCAUUAUGUUACCUUUGCCAGCUCAUUCUGUUGUGGAGAACCCAGCGUCCAUUAAAUUGACAACCACCUAUACUCGAAGGGGACAUGGAAAUUGCACCAAUCCUGGGUGUUCCUUCACUUAUGUUACCAGGCAUAAGCCACCAAAAUGCCCAUUAUGUGGGAACUUCCUGGGAGGAAAAUGGAUCCCAAAGGAAAAGCAACCAAAAAGCAAAUCUGAGCCAAAUUCAGGCACCUCUCUUAAAACUCCAGCAGCUAAAAGAGGUCAACAGUCAGUAUUCACAGAGCCAGCAGCUGUGAGUGAAAGUACCUCCAAGUCUGCCCUGGAGAGCUCUGAAGCUGUCAGCCAGCUGCUGAAUGCUGUGCCUGUUGGAGAGCAAAUGCAGGAGCUGGAGUGGGAGGAAGUGAUCGUCUCUGAGGCUCAUGUUCUUGGAAACAGUGUGCUUGCUGAAGUUGGACAGAGUGCUGCUGGAGUGGUGCUGAGUCAAGAGAGUCAACAGCAAGGAGAGUCGUCCACAGAGCAGGCAGAGAAAGAUAGUGUAGGGAUGGGGAUGCCACUGUCUUCUGAGGUGACAAGUCCAAAUGCCUCUGCAAAAAAGCCAGUGGGAAUUGAUGCUCCAACUCCUACACACAAAGGACAAGAAGUAAAGAGUAAACCAAGACCGAAGCCCUCCUUGCUGGCUGCAGCAAGACCCAUGCGAGCCAUUCUGCCUGCACCAGCCAGCGUGGGGAGAGAAGCCAGCACUGAACAGUCGAGCAACAGACAGGCUUUUGGGAAUGCUGACAAGCAUUCCCCUGUGAGAACAUCAGGCUUGAAGCCCAGUACACUGAAACAAUUGGGCCAGUCAAUUCUGCAGCCACCAAGUGCCGAGGAGCGAAAGCCCCACAGUGCUUUGACCAGCAGGGCAUCUCAGGUUGAAGUAGUGGAGGUCAAACCAGAUAUAUUCCCUUCCUACAAGUACAGCUGCACUGUAACUUUGGAUUUGGGAUUGGCAACAUCACGUGGCAGAGGGAAAUGCAAGAACCCCUCUUGUAGUUAUGUGUAUACAAACAGGCACAAGCCACGCAUCUGUCCAAGCUGUGGAUACAACCUUGCCAAAGACAGAGCUGAGAAAACAGCAAAAUCCCUGGAGGUGAGUCCAUGUCAGUCUGAUGUGCUGAACACCAGUGAACCCUUAACCCCCUCCCAGAAAGAGAUCCAGCGUCAGUCCACCUUGCAGUUGCUGCGCAAGGUAAUGCAGAUCCCAGAGAAUGAAUCAGAGCUGGCAGAGGUCUUCACGCUCAUCCAGGAACUCAACAGCUCACGGCUCAUCCUGUCCAACGUGAGUGAGGAGACAGUCACCAUAGAGCAGACCUCCUGGUCAAACUACUAUGAGUCUCCAUCUGCGCAGUGCCUCCUCUGUAACAGCCCACUGUUCAAAGGGGGAGAGAAUUCCCUUGCUGGUCCUCAGGAGUGCUGGCUGCUGACAGCGAAUAGAUUACAGGUGGUUACAGCUCAAGUCAAAGUGUGCUUGAACCUGCAGUGUCUGGCUCUCCAUAGCUUCACUGAUAUUUACACAGGCCUUUUCAAUGUGGGUAACAAGUUGUUAGUGAGCUUGGAUCUUCUGUUUGCAAUCCGAAACCACAUUAAACUUGGAGAGGAUCCCAGGGUGGCUGUUGGCAAUAUCCUUGACUCUGUUCAGGAGCAAACUGAAAAAAGUCUGAGCCCUGAUGAGCAGGUUCAGCUCCAGGAACUGCUGUGCAAUGGCUACUGGGCCUUUGAAUGCCUGACAGUCCGGGAUUACAAUGAUAUGAUCUGUGGAAUCUGUGGCAUAACCCCCAAGGUGGAAAUAGCCCAGAGGAAUGUGGAAAAUGUCCUGGCACUGAAAAACAUAGAGUUUACUUGGCCGGAAUUCCUGCCAUCAAGUGAAGUGAAUGUAGAAGACUUCUGGUCCACGAUGGAGACAGAGGUGAUUGAGCAGGUGGCUUUUCCUUCUAGCAUCCCCAUCACAAAGUUUGAUGCUUCUAUUGUUGCUCCUUUCUUCCCUCCACUGAUGAGAGGAGCAGUGGUGAUCAAUACUGAGAAGGACAAGAACCUGGAUGCACAGCCAAUGCCAGGUAAUGGGAGUGCCUUGGUGAGGCUCCUUCAGGAAGAAAUCCUCAGGCUUGAGCUGUUAAGUUCUUAUAGUGAAGAAGAGCUGCAGAGCUUUCUGACACAGUGCAGCAUCCCCUGGGAGCCUUCAGAUACAAAGGCCCAGCUCUGCUACUCCCUCCUGGCUCUCUAUGAGUUUGUACAGAAUGGGACAAGUAUUGCACAACCCUCUGCUCAUCACACAGGAGGGAAAAUCUACAAAGUGUGUCCACAUCAGGUUGUGUGUGGCUCCAAGUAUAUUGUAAGAGGAGAAAAUGCCCGGGAUCACGUGGACUUGUUGGUUUCCUCACGUCACUGGCCUCCAGUGUAUGUUGUUGAUACAGCGUCCUCAGUGGCACUGUGUGCAGAUGUCUGCUGUUCCAGCCUGACUUCCCAGAUGUGGGGGAAGAACCAGGGCUGCUUCUCUGACCCCAUGGAUCCUCCAACGUACGUGUCCUGCCCUGAACUGCUCGACCAGCACUACAGUGUGGACAUGACUGUGGCUGAGCACUCUCUGCAGCACCCGAUCACCAAGUCAGCAGCACGCCGAAUUGUUCACACGGGUUUGGAGCAGAACAGCUCCCGAGACCCAACGGCUCAGCACCACUGCAUGUCCCUGUGCCGUGAACUGGAGCCAUACAGCGCUAUCAUCGCUGCUAUCAACGACAGCAAAACCAGCAAUAUCCGCCAAAAGCCCAUCACCUUCGAGAAUGCCACACACUAUUACCUCUACAACCGCCUCAUGGACUUCCUCACCAGCAGGGAAAUUGUCAAUCGGCAGAUCCAGGAGAUCGUGCAGAGCUGCCAGCCUGGGGAGGUGGUGAUUCGCGAUGCUCUGUACCGGCUCGGGGUGGCCCAGAUUAAAACAGCAACGGAAGAGGAUGAGGAGGGGAAGCAGGAGGAUGAUAGAGGUUGCUGAGUAACAAACCAGCCUGCUGGUGUCUCUCUCUGGUCGUGUGGAUGGGUGGGCUUGGUCAGCUUCUGCAAGCUGUCUGGCUUGGGUUUACUUUUUACAGGUUGGAGAUGUGAUGCUGGUGGCUUUGACUGCUGUUAAUGACCAAAGAGCUGUGUGCUUCCAUAGUGUCAUGAUAGCUGCUGUGAGCACAGGUUCAUCACCCCCUUGACGAAGGCUGGAGCUGCCUCCUGAGGUGUGUGAUGGACCCACUGUGCAAAACAUCACCCUUCCUGCAGCAGGCAAGUGGAGAGGGCAGAGGCCUUCCUGGGAGCAGGGAGUAUCAAGCACACAGGGAUUUUAAUUCUGAAUCUUGCUUGCUGACUUCUUUGUGCAUAUUGGUGGCAGGCUGGGGGUGUGGGAGCAGCAUGAGUGGCAGACAGCAAAGAUUUCCUCCAAAAUGGUCCAAAUAGAUUAAUUUAGGACACUGACUCCUGCUUGGAAAUCUUGCAGAGGUCUUGUAGGCAUUGGUUGCAAGGAGUUUUUAGUUGAGGAGGAGCCACGCAGCUUUAACCGGCUGUAUCUGGGCAGCAAUCCUGGGUCCAGGGUUAUGAGUGCUUCAGCUGCAGAAAGUUGCUAGAAUUGUUUGUCCUUUUGAUAAACACUAGUAAUGUAGAAGCUGAAACAUACAGUCAGUGAAGAGUCUUCUGUAUGUUAAAGUCAGAAUUAACUGGGUGAGCCCCAGGGGAGCCAAGCUCGGUGGUGGGCAGUAUGAGCAUGAUGUGAGGAGGUGGCUGUGGAAAGGAGGACACUCAAUUUCUGUGCUGUUGUCCUGGACAGCUUUCUUCAGUGGUUUCAUUCUGUUCAAGGACUUGCCUUUCUGUUGUCAUGCCCUUAGAACAGAACCACAAAACAUGUCUGUGGAGCCAAGGAGGAAGGACGAAUGCAGUGUGAGCAGGGCAAGCAGAGUUCUGUCUUCCACCCUCAGGGGAAACACUAGCAGAGCUGCAUCCGCACAGGCAGUCUUAGUGGUCUAUUAGGUGUCACGUUCCUGCCCCUGUCCACACAGUGCUGUGGGGGUUAGAGCAGCCUCCUGCUGCCCAGGUUGCUUUAUCAGCUCCUUGAGAAGAGUCAGGCUGAGACCUCUGCCUCUGCAGCAUGCCUGGAGAACACCUUGGGCUGCAGCUGUAAAGUUACAUGCAUUUUUUGCUGCCCUCUCCCUUUUGCUGUUGCUGGUGAUGAAGGUGAAGGUGGGUGGGUAGGUGCUGUGACCCACACAAAAGAGAAGUGGAAUGCUGGACUGCUGAAGUUGCCAUCCAGGAGUUUAUUUUGCCGGAGUGAGUAGUGGGGAAGAUUCAGAGGCUUGUGGUGUGGUUGAAAACUCCCUUCUGUGAAGGGGAACCUAUUGAGUACCAUACUGUUAAUGUAUUAAGUCUGAGCAAAUGCAGUAUAUGGCUUGGGGGUUUUCUGUUAAGAACAUUAACUUAUUAUUAAGAGACAUUAGUGACUUUUUCAGUCAGUGAUACAAUUUAAUAAAUUAUCUCCAAUUUUGGGGGUGAAACUGUG